AAACAAAAAAAAAAAAAAAUUACCAAAUUUCUGUGGCGUUUGGCCGCGUUCAAACGGCCUCAAGUUGGGCUAUUUCUAGCAACUGUUCAACGGUCAAAACUCAACGGCAUCUACGGUUUAUCUUUUCUAUUGGAACGGCUUUUGGAGUUGGACUGUGUGUGUAGUGUUAUAGAAAGCGUCCUUUGACGUUUUUCUCUUUCACAAACCAUUUGAAUUCGUUUUUGGGUCAAAAAAUGAGAUUCGUCGGGCUUGCAAAGGCAUUGCUGCAAGUUGUUGCCUUGACAGCCGUUCUCUUGACAUGGUCAUCGAUAGGCCGAGUGACCAAGGCCCUCUGGCUCGAGACGGACACCCUACACGUCUGGUUCGGACCCCCGAAAACACCCACAGAGAUCCACGUCGGGGAGGUUUACAAUGCGACGAUCGAGUGGGAAUCCGUGUUACGGACUCGCAAGACGUACUUGAAUGUAUCUAUGGAGGUUGGGUUGCGGUGUGCGGGUGGAAAGGAUGGGGGUGUGACACAUCGGAUUGAUAAUUGGAUUGUACAGCAAAAGGAUGGUUCCGUUUACGUUGAUUACCCCAUGACACCACAAGACCUCCGCUCAGAUCUCACUGAAGCGCUUUGUUACCUCAACAUUGACUACGUGUACAUGGCCAACAACCUCGUAGACCCUGCCACGCGACCCCUGACAAAAGACAAGGCCAUGUCAGCUGUAUUUAAACUCACACGACGAAAACGGGUGCGUCCUCUUCCGUUUGCGAAUGCCACAGUGCUCUCAAAUGCCGAUCGGACACUAUCCCUCCAACUCCGCGUGGAUGAAUCAUCUAGGCCGCGACAAUUACGGUUGAAGCAGCCGCUGGUUAAAACGUAUCCGUAUACGGCUGUGUCGAUUUGGCCGGAAGAUGAUCCCGAGUGGACGUUUGAUGAAACGGUGUCGAUGUGGGCGUUGGUGAGGUGGAUUGUUUUUGUGGGUGGGUGUUGGGCUGCGUCCAAGAAUGAGCGGGUUGUGAAGGGGGCGGCAUGGGUAUGGGAUAUAGUGUCGAGUUGUUGGAAGGCGGAUAUUGAGGACCCGCUUGCACCUCGUAAAGUGGUACGCUCUCGAAGACGAAGUUUUCUACUUCGUGAUCAUUUGCCCGUGCAUGUCACUUAAUGCUCAAAAUGCACCUCAUGUGGAUAUGUGGGGUUUUUCUCACUUUUGUUUACGGUAUCAGUAGAAGGGGGGGAUAGUAGCCAAGUGUAUUUAAUAAUGGAUAUAGAAUCAACAUGCAAUCGCUGCAG